UUUCAAUCAUGGCGUCCACGGUGGAAAGUAAAGUCGAGGAGCGGAAAGAUACAAACGAAAAACCCAUCGAUAGAGAGAAGACGUGUCCAUUAUUGCUGAGAGUGUUUUGUUCAAAUGGCCGACACAACAGCUUAGCGGAAUACAGACGAGGGAACACCCCCCCUAAUGAAUUGCAAAUUUACACGUGGAUGGAUGCCACCCUAAGGGAGAUUGGUAGUCUGAUUCUGGAAGUAAACCCUGACACUCGUAGACGAGGCACUGUAUUUGAGUUUUGUUUGGUCUGCCUGGAAUCCACCAAGAACAUGGGACGUCUAAAAACACUUGGAUCAAUUACCAUUGGUCAGAAGGGUUUUGAUGACAACAAAACCCUUGCGCAGUUAGGGUAAGUGUGAACAUGACUUUUA